CACGUGUGCCAGUCUGUCAGGCCGGUCCCGCCCCGCACCGUCCCUGCCGCUGUGCUGUAGUGCUGUUGUGGUGCUGUGCUAUUGUGGUGAUGUGCUGCUGCGGUGCUGUGCUGCUGUAUUUGAGUUUUUACGACUAACCAACAAGCACAAAACCAUAUAUCUGUAUCUUAAACUGGUCUUCCUUGGCAAUACGACCAACGCUGUAAUGCUGUGAUUCAAUAUCAACACAACAACCCAGAUAACCAUAUGAUACAGAAAUCGGAUGCUAACACAACAUUGACAUCAGUUUCGACAUUGAAAUCGCAGUGAACCGGUGUGCGAGUGAUGGUGGGGAGAGUGGCAUCGGCUGGGCACUUCCUAAGGCGAGAUUUGGGUCUCACACCUGCAGCGGGGAGGGGAAGGUGGACAACACACUCAUUUUAGAAAAGCAUGGCGGGAGGGCGCGGGAGGCGUGGGGGUGCGUGUGAGUGGCUGUGCUCGGUGCGGAGGCGAACGUGGGUGGCGGUGGUAUGUGGCUGCAUCUUCGUCCUGCUGUACGUCUUCCAAGACUCGCCGGAGAUGGUAGUGUGUGGAUGUGACUGGAAGGUGAAGACUGAGGAGAGGGUGGCGAAGUACCUGCCUAGCCUUAUGGCCCAGGAGAAUCCCUCGACUAAGAGAACCAUACUGGAGGAGGCCGAGGCGUCGCACCCGUCCCUGGCGCUGAGCUUCCUAGUGGGGCAGGAGAAGCGGGGGUUACGCUGCCACAACACCCCGGGACUUUUCAGCGUGAGACACAACAACGAGGUGUGGCAGAAGGCCGUGAUCAAAGGCGUUACCUUCCUCAUCUACGGGGCUUACUUUGAUCUACGGGAGGUGGAGAAGGGAGCCGCGGUCAGGGUGCUGGUGGUGGCAGACUCCCCGAAUCCACCGCUGCCCAUAUGUCAUCUGUGGUACGAGGACGACCUCACGCCCACCGCCUCCACGGCCGAGAAAAUAGAUUACCUACACUGGCAAGACCGGGUGAGCGGCGCGUGGCUCCCGUACCUGGUGACCUGCCGAGCUGGACAUGACCUUCGAGGCGUGCCCAGGGUAGCGGCGCUGGUGGGGCACUCCUGCGGGCCCGCCACCAACGCCCUGCGAAUACAUCAGGAGGAGGAGGUGCCGAAGAGGGACCUGGCGCUGUGUCAUAAGUUCCUUUUCGACCCCACCCAAGACUACUCCAAGAGACUGGUGGAGUGGCUGGAGGCGGCCAGGGCGUGGGGCGUGGACGAGGUGACUCUCUACGAGGCGUCGGUGCACCCCAACGUGAGGGCGGUGCUGCGAUACUACGAGAACGAGGAGUUCAUCCAGGUGUUGCCUUGGCGCAGCCCCGGAGAUCAGCCCUCCCUGGGCCACCUGUACCGCGCACUCUACGACACUCAGCGGUACACUCUCUUCACCGCCGAGAACAUCCCCUACACGGACUGUCUGCUGCGCCACGUGGCCACGCACCGCUUCAUCGCCGUGUGGGACAUGGACGAGUUCAUCGUGCCCACAAAAGAGACGUCGCUGCCCGCCAUGAUGGCAGCCACCCAGGUCCUGGCCCACAAACAAGGUCAGCACCCCACUUCCUACCUGGCGCCCUGCACCUACUAUUUCGAUGACGAGGCGGAGGAGGCCACGGAGGACCUGCCUGAGUACCUGCACCUCAUGCGUCACGUGACCCGCACCGUCAAGAUGGCCCCUCCGAGAGUCUUCACGAAGGCGGUGCACGACACUUCGAGGGCGUUGGGUCUUCACGCACACUACGCUCUCCUAAACCUCAAGGGACCCAUAGACCGCAGUCGUGACCUCUACUAUCUGUACCCGGCCACCGAGGGGUACCUGGGCCACUAUCGCCCCAAGUGCCAGGGCGAGGACCAGACUGAGUGCCAGGAGAUGUACCGCCCCUACCUUACGCGGGACACGACCAUGUGGAAGUACCGACCGGAAGUGACCAAGAGGACGAAGGCGGUGCUGGAGAGCCUCGGCCUGCUGCCCUGACCCACGACCCCUCCACCCUCACAACACAAUAAAGUGUUUGAGGCGGUUGACAGAGAUGAAAAUUAUGAUGUAAUCUAUCUUGAUUUUAGUAAAGCGUUUGACAAAGUUCCUCA